AUGGGGAGCACCUCGGCAGUUCGACGUCUCAAGGAAAUGCUUCGUGAACAUUUCCCAGAUUUUUUGUUCCUCCUGGAGACCAAAAACUCCAGUGAUCACGUUUUGGGUGUUAAGGAUUGGUUGGGAUAUGAUCAGGUUCAUAUCGUCGACCCGGUUGGCCUGAGUGGUGGAUUAGCAUUGUUUUGGAAGGAUUCAUACCAAGUGGAGGUGCUUGUAGCUGAUUCACGGAUCGUAGACACAAAAGUUACCAAGGGUUCAAUUUCCUUCUAUAUUACAUAUGUUUAUGGGGACCCUGUUCGUCAUUUGAGACCGCAGGUUCAUAUCGUCGACCCGGUUGGCCUGAGUGGUGGAUUAGCAUUGUUUUGGAAGGAUUCAUACCAAGUGGAGGUGCUUGUAGCUGAUUCACGGAUCGUAGACACAAAAGUUACCAAGGGUUCAAUUUCCUUCUAUAUUACAUAUGUUUAUGGGGACCCUGUUCGUCAUUUGAGACCGCAGGUUUGGGAGAGACUCACCAGAAUUGGGAUUCAGAGAGAUGAAGCAUGGAUGCUCACUGGAGACUUCAAUGAAAUUAUGGAUAAUUCUGAGAAGUUGGGCGGGCCGAGAAGACCGGAGAGUUCAUUUUAUCCCUUUCGAACAAUGGCAAGGAAUUGUAGGGUUAAAGAGACUCCGAGUUAUGGUUCAGACCAUCGACCUAUCAUUACUAGAUUGGUUGAUGCGGAUUCAUGUUUUAAAGGACGCUUCUGUUUUGAUAAGCGUUGGAUUAAUAAACCGGAUACAGAGAGGAUCAUCAAAGAGCAAUGGAGUGCUGCAAGUGGGGUUACAAAUAGGUCUGUUACAGAGUGUCUCUCUCAAUGCCGUAGAGCACUAUCAAGAUGGAAGAGAUCAAAUCCGGUUAAUUAUUUGACUCAAAUUCAGCUUCUGCGACGAGACCUGGAAACAGAAUCUACCAAAUUGCAACCAAAUUUCAGGCGUUUGCAGCAGAUCAAGUGGGCCUUAUCAGUGGCAUUUCGAGAAGAGGAAGUAUAUUGGAAACUUAAAAGCCGGGAAUCUUGGUUACAAGCAGGAGACAAGAAUACGGCGUACUUCCAUGGUAGUGUCAAGUACAAGAGACUGAAGAACCGACUGACAUUGUUGAUUGAUAGCAAUGGGGUAGAAUGUUUUGAAGAGGGGUCGAAGGGAACAAUUGCCGCAGAAUACUUUUCUGACCUUUUUCAAUCUUCGAACCCUACUAAUUUUGAGGAGUUACUGGAGGGGAUGGAAGAACGGGUAACAGAAGACAUGAAUAGGCGAUUGAUUGUGGACGUUUCAGCUCAGGAAAUAAGGCAAGCAGCGUUUAAUAUUAAAGGAGAUAGCGCUCCUGGGGCUGAUGGGUGGACUGGUGCAUUCUUUCGGAAGUAUUGGUCGACUGUAGGAACUGAUAUCAUUAAAGAGGUACAGGGUUUCUUCUCCACCGGGGUGUUGCCACAAGACUGGAACCACACUCAGCUUUGUCUCAUACCUAAGAAACCAAAUGCUAACCAAAUGUCAGACAUGAGACCGAUCAGCUUAUGUUCUGUGCUUUACAAGAUUGUGUCUAAGGUAAUAUGCACUCGGUUGACAAGAUGCUUGCCAUCAUUAGUGUCUGAAACACAAGGAGCGUUUGUAGCAGGGCGGUUGAUAUCUGAUAAUAUCCUUAUUGCACAUGAGGUUGUCCAUGCCCUGAAAACCCAUUCGAGUUUUAAUGAGGAUGUCAUUGCAGUGAAGACUGAUAUGUCAAAGGCCUAUGAUAGGGUGGAAUGGGACUUCUUGGAACACCUCCUUCUCAAAAUGGGGUUUCAUAAUCAAUGGGUGGGUUGGAUCAUGAGUUGUGUUCGAUCAGUUACCUUCUCGGUGCUCAUUAAUGGUGGUGACUAUGGUUAUAUCAAGCCAGGGCGUGGGAUACGACAAGGUGAUCCGUUAUCUCCUUUUCUUUUUAUCCUGUGCGCAGAAGCUCUGAUUCACUCGAUGUGUCGGAGUCAACAACAAGAUCGUUUGACAGGGUUCAGCUUUAAUGAAACAUGCCCAACUAUUCAGCAUUUAUUAUUCGCUGAUGAUAGCCUCUUCAUCUGUCGAGCCACAAAGGAGGAAUGUGAGGAACUUAUGCGUUGUCUCAAGUUAUAUGGGAAAGCCUCUGGUCAGGUGAUUAAUUUCACGAAGUCUGCAAUUACUUUUGGGAAGAAAACGAGUGAUGCGGUUAAACUUAUGGUUAAACAGACUUUGAAUAUUCAUGAGGAGGGUGGUUCCGGUUCUUAUUUGGGGUUGCCAGAAUGCUUUAGUGGCUCUAAACAAGCCCUCUUAGGCUUUAUUGGGGAGAAGCUACAGAACAGACUCCAAGGGUGGCAUGCCAAGUCAUUAUCCUUGGGUGGAAAGGAAGUAUUAUUGAAAGCAGUGGGAAUGGCCCUUCCGGUUUACGCCAUGUCAUGUUUCAGAUUGAGUAAAAAUCUAUGCCGGAAGCUGACCAGUGCAAUGUGUAAGUUUUGGUGGAGCAACUGUCAAGGGAAGCGGAAGAUUGCUUGGAUAGCCUGGAAAAAGUUGUGUAAAUCGAAGUCAGAAGGUGGACUGGGUUUUAAGGAUCUGGGGGACUUCAAUCAAGCUCUGCUGGCGAAGCAAGCAUGGCGGAUACUAAAUAAUCCAGGCUCCUUAGUCUCCAGGUUCUAUAAGAGCAGAUAUUUUAAACGCACAUCUUUCUUGGAGUGUGGCACAGGAUCAAGACCCUCUUACGCGUGGAGGAGCAUCCUUCAUGGUCGGGAGUUGCUAAAAUCUGGGCUUAUGAAGAGUAUUGGUGAUGGUUGUGACACCUUCGUCUGGAAGAAUAAAUGGCUCUUUGACAUACACCCUCGAGCUCCUUAUCGUCUCCAGACUUUCUUUGAAGUUGAUUUACGUGUGAAGGACCUGCGAGUACCAGAUCAGAUGUCAUGGGAUAUCGGGAAGGUGAAAGCCUUAUUUCCUCCAGAGGAUGCAAAACAAAUACUUUCUAUGCCCCUGAAGGCCGGACAUGCUGAUCAUUAUAUUUGGCCUUACAAUAAGUCUGGUUCGUAUUCAGUGAAGAGUGGCUAUUGGCUUUUACAAACGCUUCCUACUAUUUAUGAACCGAGCACUGAGUCGGAGACUAAGCAAAAGGAACUUAAAGCCAAGGUAUGGAAAGUAAAAACAGUUCCCAAAAUUAAAACUUUCUUGUGGCGAAUGCUAUCGGGUGCUCUAGCUGUCUCUGAGCGUUUAGCAUCCAGAGGAUGUGGUGGGGAUGUUUGUUGUUUGCGAUGUGGUUUUCAAUCUGAAACUAUUGGCCACAUGUUGUUUGAUUGUCCAGUUGCACGGCAAGCGUUUGCUUUGGCAAAUAUCCCUUCUCUGAAUGGAGGGUUUUAUAAUGAGGAUGUGGAGAAAAAUUGGGAACACUUACUGGUUGUUAUGCAGGAUGAGGCAGUUCCAAAUGCCAUAAGCUCUGUUAUUCCGUGGUUACUCUGGGGCAUUUGGAAGCACCGAAAUACUUUGCUUUUCCAAGGCAAACUGGGGGAUAUACGAGAUUUGGUAAGUAAGGCUCGCGAGGAUUGUUGUCAAUGGGAGGAAGCACAAGACAGGGUUGUGAGAACAGAUUCUGUGGGUCGUACAAGUUCUGGUUCUUUGGAGGUUAAAUGGUGUAAACCCAUCACGGGUUUUGUUAAAUGUAACCUUGGUAUUUCGUGGUGUAGCAAGAAUAGUUUGGCUGGUGGAGCUUGGAUUGCGAGAGAUGUGUAUGGUCAAGUCUUGUAUCAUGCGAGAGCAGCCUUACCAGUUUCUGCUUCACGGUUUGUAGUGACAUUACAUGGAAUCUUAUGGACGCUUGAAGCUUUAGCUAUUCUCCAGAUUCCGAACUUGGAAAUGGCGUUGGAUGAAGCCUCUGCUGUUGAGGCGAUCAAUAACCCUCUCACUUGGCCACGUUAUAGUCUUCUGUUGAGCAACAUUCAUGAGGUUCUCUUAAAAUUCUCAUCAUGGCGGAUCUAUUUAGUGGCGAGUACUGCAAACAAGGUGGCGAUGGCAAUAGCGAAAAGUGUUACAAGAGAUGGUCGGUUUCAGUCUUAUCUUUCACUUGGAGGGCCUUCUUGGCUUCAUGAUCAAGUGAGAGAUGAGGCUUCUUAUUAG